GUGUGUGUGUGACAGUGUGUGUGUGUGUGACAGUGUGUGUUUGGAAGAAAAUGUCAGUGUAAGUCUCUGAUCCUAAACAGAACACAGAUACUCUCAUCUCACCAACACGGCCAAUCAGACAGAGGGGAGGCGUCAGCGGUGUUUAAAUAGAAAUAUUUUGGCCUGUAAGUGAACACAUCCGCUGUACGACUUUGAAGAGAAGCGAUACUGUGUUUUUCUCUAAGAUUUCCUCUUUGUUUCACAAUGAUGUUGUGUUGGAUUUUAUUACUUCUGACACUACGAUUUUUAAAGGCAGAAGAUAUUGAAAUUUAUGCACAGGAAGGAGGAAAUGUAACUCUGCCCCGAGACUCACACGGAGGAGCUGUUGCCAAUACAGAAAAGGUUUAUGUGAACUGGUAUAGUGGGCCAGAAAAGACCCUUGUAAUUAGCAGAAACCCUCAAGCUGGAAUUCAACCGGGGAAAGAUAAGACAAGGUUCUCUUUGUCACCGGAUUUCUCUGUUCAAAUUUCACCAGUACAUGAAAGUGAUUUUGGAUUUUUCAGCUGUGAACAACACAUAUUUACAGAGACAUAUAUCAAGACCUACAGACUGCGUCAUGUUACUGUAAGCAGACCGCAGGCAGUUAUGGUUGGAGAUCCUCUGCCUCUGAAAUGUGAGCUGGAAAAGGGUCAAUUGAGCGGUACAGCCAUUGUAAAGUGGACACCACCUAAAGGUUGUAACGUAAACAUUCAAGGGUCAAAUGGUGAAAUAACAGUGACAAAAGUGCCCUUGUGUGCUAGUGGUGUUUGGACAUGCACUGUUAAGUAUAAUAAGAGAGAAGUCAAAGCAACGACGGCUGCUUAUGUAAUAGAUCUAUCUGCUCCAUCAGAUCCCAUUUAUACUUCUGUCUCCAACUCCUCUUCGGUCAACAUUCCUUGUUCUUUAUCCAAUGACAUUCCCUGGGACCUCUUACGUGACCAUCUGCUGAAGGGUAGCUGGAAUUUCAGUUCUCUAAGCAAUGCAAACCAGCAACCAAAAGAUGUUCUCACCCUCCAUAUAAAUUCAACAAUUAAAUGGAUCCCCACAAAGGACGCAACCAUCGCUGUCCAGCAGAGAGAGUUGAAAGACAAGGAUCUGUCCAUCAUUAAGCUGCCUGUGUCUGAGGCGAUCAGGGGGGAGUACACCUGUGCUCUCAACUUUAAAGGCAGGAAUUUCAGCAAGAAAAUCAAGGUGGAGGUCUUGCAUGUUACAUCUACUGCUACACGUAGUCCUCUUAUCGAAGGCCAAAGGGUGAAUCUGUCAUGCUCAUUAGGACAUAAUACAACUCAUGAGGUGAAAUGGAGACGUCCAUCUGGGUCCACUCAUCCCUUUCUCAGCUCAUCUCCUCAUUCAGCAUUUUUGUCCUUCCCUGUAAGGAUGGAGGACAAAGGCAAAUGGACCUGUGAACUCUGGGACGACCAGAAGUUGCUGACAUUUUCAGAUAUUUUUCUACGGAUUGAGAAAGCUCCGGUGAACAUCUGGCUUUGGGUUGCCAUCAGCAGUGGAAUUGUGGUCUUCAUCUUGCUUCUAGUUGUCAUCAUCAAAGCCAUUCGCAAACAUAAGCAGAUGUUGAUGUACAGACGACGAAAGACCAGAUUUUGCUGCUGCAAGAAUCCUAAUGAAACGGGAUUCUACAAGACCUAAAGAGACUUUUCAUGAUUGAUGAUCGGCUGCCUGACAAGAUUACACUCAUUAUUACAUUAUAAAUUUUUGAUAAAGAUAAAAGGUGUAAAUAUCACAAUAUAUGCUGUAAUUUGAACGAAAGCUUCAUGCUUGAAAAGGGAACAUUGCAUCAUUAGAAUAAAAUGUAAAAUCAA